GGGUUCGCUCGCUGCCGCCCAUCCGGUAGAGCCUGGAGUGCAAUAUUCCUGUGGGUACACACACGACGUCUACACCGCUACUUAUUGGGCAGCGCAUUCGGAUUUUUUGGUGGAAGCGAGAAUCUUGAGAUCGGCGGUGCGGCAGUCCAAUUUCACUUGUUCUCUUAUGCCUCUCAUCCCUUCGAAAACGCCACGGAUCUCGUGAGUUGGUGUUGUCCUGGUUAGCUUCGUGAGUUAAAACUGUGCUGGUUAUAUAUUGGUUGAGGCAUGCGUAGUAGUGUUCCACAGCUUUUCUGAUUUCGAUUGACGGCCGCAGGAUAUUGGCUGUGGUAGACAGCGUGGGCGCUCGGCGCAGUGAACGAACACUGGUCUUGGUGCUGGGCACUUUCAUCGUAGUGGGUAUUUUGGAGCACGUCGAGUGAACAGGAUCCGGGUCUUCUUCCACGUGGUCGGAGUUUUUAACACCAGCAACCAUGAGUUCGGGAGGUGGCUCUGGCAGGGGCAAGGGCAGGGGCACUAAGUCUGUAUCGCGCUCGCAGAAGGCUGGACUGCAGUUUCCCGUCGGUCGAAUUGCGAGGUACUUGAAAGCAGGGAAGUAUGCUGAAAGAGUUGGAGCUGGAGCACCUGUGUACUUGGCUGCCGUUAUGGAGUACCUGGCUGCAGAAGUUCUCGAGCUGGCGGGUAAUGCUGCGAGAGAUAACAAGAAGACGAGAAUUGUUCCCCGGCAUAUUCAGCUGGCCAUCAGGAACGACGAGGAGUUGAGCAAGCUUCUCGGGCAAGUAACGAUUGCCGCCGGUGGUGUUCUGCCCAACAUCCACUCCGUUCUUUUACCGAAGAAAACGGCGAAAGGCGAUGGGAAGGGCGAUAUGGGAACGGGCCCGUCGCAGGAAUUUUGAGGUGUUUCGUUAGCCUUCAACCGUUUUAAAUGUCGGCAGGCAUCAUGGAUGGGAGUGCGCCAUCCUCCUUUAGGUCAUUGAAUAAUGCUCAUCCUACAGCUUCUAGUUCUUCCGGCCCCUAUCUCGUAACGAACAUGCAAACUCGAAGCCGAUUUCAGAGCGCCGCUUUUAUUUGCGUUAAUAUGGGUUUAAUAAUAAUGUUCGACGCGAGGUUCGGGAUCUAGGCGAAGAGUAGCUGUCGUCUGUAGGAAUAACAUUAUCCAAAUACCUUUACAUUUCUGAAUACCAGUGGACAAUCGGUUUCUGUUUUGUCCUGGUGGGUCGUUUUUUUUCCUGGAUUGAACGAAAACGUUGAAGAAAGCCACCAGCGCGUGAAGUAUCUCACACUGAGGUGGGGUGAAGAUGGCGACCGUUAAGGAGGGUCUCGCGGAUGAUGGGCUUGGCGCGAGAUUAUCGACGACAAUACGGUGGUCUAGUUUUGACCGGUUUUUUCUUGUUCGUGUUUUCCGUGCGGGCCAUAUGAUUUGCCGUCCAUGAGGGCAUUCCCCAAGGCGUUGUGCUUCAAGUAUAGGUUUCCAUGCUGUUGGGGCUGCUGCUCUCUGAUGGAUUGGUGUGUACCUUUAGCGUGGCGGAGGUUGAGUGUUAAGUAGAGGCAGGUUUGCCUACCUUUCGGAUCUCGAUUUCUCCAGUGGGUAGGUGUGCAUGCACUCUUUGGGUGGUGGUGUUGGAGUCGAGUAAGGGCAAGUGAAGAAAAAUUCUCAAGAAUUAAGGCCACUUUGAAUGUAUGGAUUUGGUCAGUUUGAACUGUGUGGAUGUGUGACAGCCACUGUGAGUCUGGCAAUCUGUGGGGUGAGCGGCAGAGGUUUGAUAUGACAAGCCUGCCAUUGUGAAAGAUUUUAUUCUGCUCCGUGCUCGAAAUGCGAGAAACGUUUGGCAGUCGGAAAAGAGAGAUUACGUUUCGCAGUUCCAUUGGGGAAAAGUGAAAUGCGCCAGCAGUUUGCGCACACGCUGAUUCCAAUUCUGUCACGGAAUUUUGCCGAUUCCUAUUACGGUCCUGACGGAUUGAAUCGAGUAUCUCCGUGGCUCUGUCAAAGUAGUGUUGUGAAUACUGUUGCGAAAUGGAUUUUGGUGGCAAUUCUGAUAAUGAUUUGAAGGAGUUUCUUUUUGGGGCUGUCCAAAGUGUCGAGGUUUUGUUUUUGUUGGCUCUUUAUUUAUUCCCCGUUUUUCUCUCUCCAUCGUGAUCUCAUCGUGUAUUCUUCCUAGAUAAAUCAUUGUAAGUCUUCGCUUUGCCCUCCUGUGUGCCACCAAUUCAUGGUGUAGAUUGAUACGAUGGGCGUUACUUAUUUUUGUGAUCUGGUUAUCGGAGAUGACAAGGUUCACCACGCGAAACACGCCUGUUUGUUGCCGAGCGGCAAACGAGGCCUAAAUGCUCCGACCUAUUUUCUGAGUUCUCUCUCUCCACAACUCCCCUUCUGAUUUUCGCCGUGUUCACGUCGACGUCGGAGGGGUGCUUGCAAGUCAGAUGCCUUCUCCUACGCGGUAAUGGUAAAGCUCCGUUGAAAACGUUUUUGGGUGAAUUUGGAAUUUGUUAGCCCUUCAUGGCGACGUGUGUGCCACCUUGGAGAAUGGCUCCGGCGUCAUUGGAUUAUUACUACUAUACCUCGUUGCUGCGGCACUGAGCCUUAGUGCAUAGAAAGUGGCCUCUCUGUCACAAGCAUUCGCUAAGCAACCCUCGUUUCACUCCGGCUUGCUCGCUUGCCCUUUUCCGAGGGGGAAGUACGGGUGUCCUCGGUCACUUGAUUUUCCAUGUAUACUUCAACCGGUUCUACAGCUGGAAAGACCACUUACUAUCGUCCAAUCGGAAAGGGUAGGGAACUUUGUAUAUUUCAAAUGCAGUGCAUAUGUGCUGUCUGUCUCGCUUCCUGCAGUCUCCCUCCGUUUCCAUCGUGCUCAGGUAUCUUUUCCAAAGC